AUGGGACGGGACAGGGGAGAGAUGGGACAGGGGGGAGAUGGGACAGGGAGGAGAUGGGACGGGACAGGGGAGAGAUGGGACGGGACAGGGGGAGAUGGGACAGGGGUAGAAAUGGGACGGGACGGGGGAGAGAUGGGACGGGACAGGGGAGAGGAAACGGGAGAGGGGUCAGGGGGAGAGGAAACGGGAGAGGGGUCAGGGGAGAGGAAACGGGAGAGGGGUCAGGGGAGAGGAAACGGGAGAGGGGUCAGGGGAGAGGAAAUGGGAGAGGGGUCAGGGGAGAGGAAACGGGAGAGGGGACAGGGGAGAGGAAACGGGAGAGGGGUCAGGGGAGAGGAAAUGGGAGAGGGGUCAGGGGAGAGGAAACGGGAGAGGGGACAGGGGAGAGGAAACGGGAGAGGGGUCAGGGGAGAGGAAAUGGGAGAGGGGUCAGGGGAGAGGAAACGGGAGAGGGGACAGGGGAGAGGAAAUGGGAGAGGGGUCAGGGGAGAGGAAACGGGAGAGACGGGACAGGGAGGAGGAAACGGAGAUGCAAACAAGUACACUGAUUGGACCAAUGGAGGACGCUGCAAGAUUCGUGGGGGACCACAUGGGCGGCAGGUAGCCUAG